UUGUCUACUAACAAAACAAAAAAAAGACUAAAAUGCCUUCAGUCGGAAUUGUCGUCGGAGAUGGCAAAAAAGAAUAUCCUGGUAAACUCACUCUUUACGUCACCGUGACAUGUAUCGUCGCCGCCAUGGGUGGUCUCAUCUUCGGUUACGACAUCGGUAUCUCCGGUGGAGUGACGACAAUGGAUUCGUUUCAGAAAAGUUCUUCCCGUCGGUUUACGAGAAACAGAAGAAGGAUCACGUAUCAAACCAAUACUGCAGAUUUGACAGCGUUUCUCUCACUCUCUUCACUUCCUCUCUUUACCUCGCCGCACUCUGCUCCUCCAUCGUUGCCUCUUACGUUACCCGUAAGUUUGGCCGGAAAAUUUCUAUGCUUCUCGGCGGAGUUCUCUUCUGCGCCGGAGCUCUUCUUAACGGUUUCGCAACUGCCGUUUGGAUGCUCAUCGUUGGUCGUUUGUUACUCGGUUUUGGUAUCGGCUUCACCAAUCAGUCUGUGCCGUUGUAUCUCUCGGAGAUGGCACCGUAUAAAUUCAGAGGAGCAUUGAACAUCGGAUUCCAGCUCUCAAUCACCAUUGGUAUCCUUAUCGCCAACGUUUUGAACUUCUUCUUCUCCAAAAUCAGCGGAUGGGGUUGGAGACUCAGUCUCGGCGGCGCCGUCGUUCCGGCACUCAUCAUCACCGUUGGUUCUCUUAUCCUCCCGGACACACCAAACUCCAUGAUCGAGAGAGCUUCGAAGCUCGUUGAGCAUCCAUGGAGGAAUCUGUUGCAGAGGAAGUAUAGACCACAUCUAACGAUGGCGAUUCUGAUUCCGGCGUUUCAGCAGCUCACCGGAAUCAAUGUUAUAAUGUUCUACGCGCCGGUUCUGUUUCAAACGAUUGGAUUCGGUAGCGACGCGGCUCUGAUUUCGGCGGUUGUGACCGGUUUGGUUAACGUUGGAGCCACCGUGGUGUCAAUCUAUGGCGUUGAUAAAUGGGGAAGACGAUUUCUCUUCCUUGAAGGAGGAUUCCAAAUGCUAAUUUCUCAGGUAGCUGUUGCAGCGGCGAUCGGAGCUAAGUUCGGCGUCGAUGGAAACCCAGGCGUUUUACCAAAAUGGUACGCCAUUGUUGUGGUUUUGUUCAUAUGCAUCUACGUGGCGGCCUUUGCUUGGUCGUGGGGUCCACUUGGAUGGUUAGUGCCAUCGGAGAUUUUCCCGUUGGAAAUCCGAUCGGCGGCUCAGAGCAUAACGGUGUCGAUGAACAUGAUCUUCACGUUCCUGAUUGCAUCAAGUGUUUUUGAUGAUGCUUUGCCACUUGAAGUUUGGAUUGUUCAUAUUCUUCGCGUUUUUCGUGGUGGUGAUGUCGAUUUUCGUCUACUUCUUCUUACCGGAGACAAGAGGAGUACCGAUUGAGGAGAUGAAGCAGGUCUGGAGAUCGCAUUGGUAUUGGUCAAAGUUCGUUGCCGCCUGAUGAGCCUAACGAACCAUGAAAGUGAAAUGUUUUUCGGUUUUAGUAGCUUUUAAUCAAUCAAAGAGGCUGAU